UUGCUCAACUUCAGAGCAUAUUUCCAGUUAUCUCAGUUUUCCUCGAUAGUUUCGUAUGUUCAAUCUCUAUUAUCAACUUACUUUAAUUUAGGCUUUGUAAAUAAUUUUGGCCAAAUUCCAACGCAGCUAUUCAAAAAACCUCACCCACAAAAGAAAGUAAGCCCGGUGGAUGGUUUUUCUAAUACGCCUGGAGUGACAACUCAGCGACUGUUCUACCAUUGCCUUCAUUCUCUGAAACCACCGCAAAAUCCUAUCAGAGAAUUAAGAUCUGCCGUAGGAUCGAUUUAUCAAAGCGAGCGAGCUGGUCUUAUUGUACUGGAGCAGAAUAAAGUUCUGAUAGGAACGAACAAGUACAUCGCCUGGGGCUUUCCAGAUCGAUCACUACGUUUGGGUCAAAUAGAUUCUGAUAAGUCCUUAUGUAUCCAUGAGAUGUGUGAUGCCGAUGAAUUGACUUGUGUAGCUAGUGGCGACGAUCGCACGUUGUUCUGCGGAAGUAGCACUGGUUGUGUGAGCGGGAAUUUAAUGUUUCAGCGUGUGGACGUUAUGCCGAAAGCCGUUUUCCCUGAAGAGAAGAAAGCUAUUAGAUGGACAUUCCGAUGCUGUCACUUGCCUGGUUGA